CAAGUAGAGCCGCCGAGGAAGGAGCGCAGUGUUGCGGGCUGAGCCGAGCUUGCUGGCUGCGGGGCGGCGAGAUGAGCCGGGCGCCCGUGUUCCUGAGCGCCGCCGAGGUGCAGGACCACCUCCGCAGCUCCAGCCUCCUCAUCCCGCCGCUGCAGGCGGCGCUGGCCAACUUCUCCAGCGGCCCGGAUGGAGGGGUCGUGCAGCCCGUGCGCACCGUGGUGCCGGUGGCCAAACACCGAGGAUUCUUGGGAGUAAUGCCAGCCUACAGUGCAGCAGAGGACGCGCUGACCACCAAGUUGGUCACCUUCUAUGAAGGUCACAGCACCAGCUCCACUGUCCCCUCCCACCAGGCUACCGUGCUUCUCUUUGAGCCCAGCAAUGGCUCCCUGCUGGCGGUCAUGGAUGGAAAUGUCAUAACUGCAAAGAGAACAGCAGCCGUUUCUGCCAUUGCUACCAAGUUUUUGAAACCCCCCAGCAGUGAUGUGCUGAGCAUCCUUGGGGCUGGGGUCCAGGCCUACAGUCAUUAUGAGAUCUUCACAGAGCAGUUCUCUUUUAAGGAGGUGAGGAUAUGGAACCGCACCAGAGAAAAUGCAGAGAAGUUUGCAAACACUGUGCAAGGACAGGUGCGUGUCUGUUCAUCUGUGCAGGAGGCUGUGGAGGGUGCUGAUGUGAUCAUCACCGUCACCAUGGCAACAGAGCCCAUUUUAUUUGGAGAAUGGGUGAAGCCAGGGGCUCACAUCAAUGCCAUCGGAGCCAGCAGACCCGACUGGCGAGAACUGGAUGAUGAGCUCAUGAAGCAAGCAGUGCUGUAUGUGGAUUCCCGAGAGGCUGCCCUGAAGGAGUCCGGGGAUGUCCUGUUGUCCGGGGCUGAGAUCUUCGCUGAGCUGGGAGAAGUGGUGAAGGGGGUGAAGCCAGCCCAGUGUGAGAAGACCACGGUCUUCAAGUCUUUGGGAAUGGCAGUGGAAGACUUGGUUGCAGCCAAGCUCGUGUAUGAUUCCUGGUCAGCCAGCACGUGAGGCACAGAAGCUCUGGGGUGAACAGGAUGCUACAGCUCUAGAUGGGAUUGGCUAGCAAUUCUAGACUGAAGACCCAGGCUCCGGUGACUUGUAGUUUUGUGUUUAUCUUACCCGAAAUAUUGAGGACCCCAUUCAUGUGUGUAGUUGGAAAGCAAAACCAGGUAACCAUUUCUCCUGUUACACCAGAUAAUUAAUGACAGAAUUUCCUUCCUUUACUUUCCACUACCUUUGUAUGUCCCUGAAAUAAAGCAUUUUCCAAUUCUUCA